AGAAUGUAGUUGCUUGAUUCUCAAAGAAGGAAGUGCAAACAAAAGGAAACUAGUCACUGCCCAUGUGUCAGAAAGCAGAUUAGCAGCGGAGCAUAACUCACCGUUAACAAAAGACUUCAGUUUAAGUGACAAGCAGCAGUAAGUAACACUACCUCAACAUUUAAGGAAAAGUGAAUAAUAGCUCUCUACAGUCAUAUCCACCCUUAUGCAGGAGGGAGAACCAAAUGUGAAACUGUCUGCCAAGAAAUGGAAAAUGCAACAUAUUGAUGGAUUUUUUUACAAAGUGGAAAAACUCAUCUGGAUCACAAAGUAACAUGUGCCGGAAUGAUAAAAACAAGAGCAUGGAGUCCUGUGAUGUCUGCUGGCCUAUUCCAAUGAAAGCCAUUGGCGCCCAGAAUCUACUGACACUGUAUGGAGGAGUUACCUUCUCUGGAUACCUGCACAAAAAGGGUGGCACACAGCUGAUUUCAAAAUGUGAGUGGCCACUGCGCUUUAUAGUUAUCCAUAAAGGAUGCAUUUAUUACUUCAAGUCCAGCAGCUCAACAUCUCCCCAAGGAGCUUUCUCCCUAAGUGGAUACAACAGGGUAAUGAGGGCGGCAGAAGAGACAACAUCAAGCAACGUAUUCCCCUUCAAGAUUGUUCAUAUCAGCAAGAAUCAUCGAACGUGGUACUUCUCAGCUGCAAGCGAGGAUGAACGAAAGCAAUGGAUGCUAAGCCUCAGAAAAGAAAUAGACUACUAUCAUGAAAGACAAGAGUCUAUAUCAAGCAUGAGCGACAGCAGCUCAGACACAGACAGUUUCUACGGUUCGCUAGAACGACCAAUUGAUAUUCGAUAUUCUCCACAUGGAACAGACAGUGAAGAUGAGAGUGACUAUGAAGAACCUGACAGCAAUGAUGAUGCCAGCCCACCUGAUUAUCCUCCUCCAGCAGUUCCUGAUACUAGUUUACACACUAUUAACCCCAGCAGGAGGACAUCUGAGUGUCCACUGACUCUACAGCAACAUCACAGGAAGCCAGCAUUACCAGAUGUCCCUCUACAACAGCCAAAAGGACUUCUAUCAGCCUCAGGAAAAAGAAGUGGCGAACUGAGUCCUGGUGUCCCAAGGCCACCAGUGGCAGCUCUUACAGCAAAUAAACCUCCACCUCCUCCUUUACCACAGUUAAAAAAGCUGGUUGAAAGGGGAGCAUCAGGUGAAAGUAUUGGUCCACUAAAGCCAACAGCUCCAGUGAAGCCUCCCAAGAGCCCUGCACUAAAAGACAUCUCUACAGAACUGCAGUCAAAGCUGGAGAAAAUUCAACCUCCCUCUAUACCACUGCACCUGCCACCUGUCCCUAAUAAGCCAAAACCAUCUGUGGUGAACAAAACAGUGGCACCUCCUCCAAGGCCAAAAGUAGACCAUGUCAAACCCACACUAUACAAACCAAAUCUUGUACCCAAGCCUCCUGAAAAGAAACCACCAUUAUUACCAGUGAAACCGGACAUCAUGAAAUCUUCAGCAUCACAACUACAGAGAGCUUCACCAGAUGGACAGAGUUUUAAAGGGGUUUUGCAAGAAAUGCCAGGAAACGGAAGACAGAAAAGAUCAGAUUCUUUAACUAAAGAUGUGGUUGAGGAUGAUGAAGAUGACUAUGAGCAUCCACAGCUACCAGAAACUGUGUUUGUGAAUAAAACAGGAUCAUAUGAAGUAGAAAGCAUCUUCAAAGAAAAUUUUCCUAAAGGCAUACCUGAUGGAUUAUAUUGCAUUAGGAAGUCAGGAAGCAAAUCUGGGCAGGUAUUUGUUGUGUGGGAUCAACCUGAAAACAAAGUCCGAAACUACAGAAUCUUUGAAAUGGGCUCCAAAGUCUACCUAGGUGAAGAACUGAAGUUUACUGACCUUGGCAGCUUAGUUGAAUUCUACUGUAAGAACACACUACCCAAUCAUGACCGUCUACGUCUACAGCUGCCUUUUGGCUACACUCCACCAUCAAGAUGACCCAGCUGCAUGAGAAAAUCUCAUUAGAAAAGGCCACUCCUCUCAGCCCAUGUCAAAACAGACAACCUUGGGUUAGUUUUGCAGUUACCUGGGUGUUAAUGACAUGUGAGAUCUUCAUUUCUGGUGAUCUGCAAGCAUCCCCAGCCAUACUUGUGCCAUUUCACAGAUGAUUGAAACAGCUGAUGUAUGCUGAAUCUGUCCAUCGUGAGAAGAAGAGUCCACAUUAAUUACCUUGCCAAUUGGAAGUUUCAUCAUGAUUUUUCCAAACUAAUGUCUGCUAAGAGAAAAGCACAUUUUUUGUGAAAUUAUCACAAAUUUUUUUUGGAAAACCUGGCUUCUUUUAGUUGUAGAAUUACACCUUAAAGCCACUGUUAGGAGCAUUCUAACAGAAGAUUUGCACUAUGCAGAUAAGUAUGGAAAACUGAAGAAAAAAAGGAUGCUUAUUAUGUUUACAAAAAAUAUAUGCAAUCUCAGUUUUGUGGUUGAAAGCUAGUAAAUAACAUACUGCACUGUAUGACAGCAAGAAAAAUCCAUUGCAACAAUACUGGCAGAAGACAAGAAUCAGCAAGCAGCGGUUUUGUGAAAAUCUGUGCUUCCUUUUUGACAGAAUGUGCCAAGUCUGUGCUUCUUUUCUGACAGAAUGUUCCACAGCAAAGGUAAAUAUAUAUAUAUAUAUAUAUAUAUAUAUAUAUAUUCCUGCAGGACAAUGGCAAAAAAAGGAAUUUGAUGAGCUCUGAAAAUAUUGCUGGACAAUUGUAGCAUUUGCAUUGCAGCACAGGGAAUGAACUUCUUUAAAAGUCAGUGUAUAAAAUAAAGUUCCUGAUUUGCACUAAACAUAUUAUUCAAAGCUCGGAGAAUGGAAGCAUGGGUUAAUGUUUAAGCAGAGUCCAAACUUGCUUAAGGCUGACACAGCAUUUUUUGGUUUACCUUGUAAUAAAGACAGUCCCUUUACGUGGUGAAUGAUGUUUGGAACACCAUACUCGCAAUAAACAAGGACAACAUUAAGCAAAAAGACACAAAACAGAGUGCAGAGCAGGUCUGAAUGUACUAGUUGUGUCUUAGAGCUUUUAUUUAUUUAAUGCUUUUGUGCAGACUAUUUCUGUAAUGUAAUUUAUUCUACCAGUCACAUGGUAUAACUAGGCAUAUAUUAAUGCAUGUUUCAGCAAGUUAAUGAGAUUAUAGAAAAAUAAAAAAAAAGAGUAAGAAAUUCAAGUUAACUUGUGUAACAUAUUUAGCUAAGAAUAGUGCUGUAAAACGAAGAUGCUGGGAUUCUUCUGUACUUUAUAUCUAGUCAUUUGAACAUAUAUAAAUCAUAACCCAACCUGACAGCUUAAGUAACAGACAAAGAAACAACUGUCAUGCAAACUUUUGCUUAAUAAAGAAGUUAAGUGCAGCUGUGCAAAAGUCCAUUGCACACAAAUACAAAUAAUGCAAUGAGAAACUUGUUGACUUGGCAACAUCUUCUCAAGAGUUUGCACCAUGAAAAAGAAGAGCAGUUUGAGGACACAAUGCUAGGUCAUUUGGGGCAUAAUUAAAACCCUAUAUGGGUGGGUGCAAAGAUGGAAGGAAAUAGUAUGGGAAUAUACAUGCUUUAAAAAGCACCCUGUACUGCAAACAAAAAGAACAGCAUUUUAAAUGCACAAAUGACUGAGAUAGAUGACCAUUUUUUGCACAACACAAUGACACAGUACCCAUCUCUGUGGCUUAAAGGGAUCAUGCCCUGACUAUGUCCCUGACAGCCUGAGUUCAAGUCACAGUUCAGGCACUGGUGGAGCUGGCAUGUAGGACUAAAUUGGUUAAUGCCACUUCAUCUCUCUUGGUAGAAGGCGCCAUGCCUGGUCCACGGGAAGGAUCAUGUAGAAGGAGCCUUUCCUAGUCCAUGGGAAGGGUUGUGACAACAGUGCACCUAAGGAGCUCAAAGUACUGCAGCUAGGAGCUGCAUGCUUCAAUGCACACGUCCUAUAACAGCAAACAUGAUGGGGAAGUUCAUACACACAACAGGGUCCCUAGAGUCUCUCAAAUUAAAUUAAAACAGCUUAAUCACUACUGUGGAUGACAGCAUCACCAUCGAAGCUCAAUUCUUUCCCUGACAGAAUUAAUGCCCUGUUGCCCUGGGUGAAAUAAUGGGCAACAAGGCAUCCACAGGAGAAAUGCAUAACUGGGGAUCAGUGAAAACAAAAACUGUGUCAGUUUAUAAUGUAGGGAGCAACAGAAUGCAUAAGAAAUGAAAUUCCAUAUGUCUUUUAUUGUCAUGGACAGGAUUACAAAUUUGUUGUGGUUAAAAAGAUCUCUGUAUUCCCAAAGGAAAUGGGAUAAACACCCAUAUCAAUACCUGAUAGAUGCUGUUGCUAUAGUUAUUGAUUACAAAUGUAUCAAAACAUAAUGAGAGUCUUGGAUACUCAGCUAAUUGCUGACACAGUUUAUUGAGAUCUAUGCAAACCUUUGGACAGGACACUGCAGCAUAUAAUUUUGUGUGGAUUACAAAAUAUUGGUUAAGAUACAGUUACAACUGCAAAUAAAGAUUGACUGGGAUUCCAAAACA